GGGGUCAUUUUUUUUUUGUCUGCGAGGUGGGCAGGCUUGUUGUGUUUGGAGAGAAACAACGAAAGAAAAAAAUAAAACCCAGGAUACAAAGAUUUUAUUAAAUAUUUAUGUUUUCAUUUUAUUGUUAAUUUAUUAAAUUUACUUUCGGAAGACAUGUCAGCUGCACGAGGCGGUGAAAAUACUAACUUUUUGGAUCUGCUGAAUAAAUUUGAGAAACUGUCAGGGAGGCCUUCUCUGAGAGCAGCAGGCUCUAAGAAGAGAGUACGGUGGCUGCCGGCUAGGAGAAACUUCAGUCAACCAUGCCCAAGCCUCAGGAUCCCUAAAAGGUUUUUAAGAGAAGGUAACCGCCCGCCCCCUGCUCGGAGCGGACACCGCUGUGUUGCAGACAAUGUUAACCUGUACGUGUUUGGAGGGUACAAUCCUGACUUUGACGAGUCGGGAGGAUCUGAAAAUGAAGACUACCCCUUGUUUCGGGAGCUCUGGAGGUAUCACUUUGCAACUGGAACAUGGCAGCAAAUGAGAACAGAAGGGUACAUGCCCAGAGAGUUAGCAUCCAUGUCGGCUGUUUUACACGGGAACAACUUGCUGGUGUUUGGUGGCACUGGAAUUCCAUUUGGUGAGAGCAAUGGAAAUGAUGUCCAUGUUUGUAAUGUUAAAUACAAACGUUGGUCUCUACUCAGUUGUCGUGGAAAGAAACCUAACCGAAUUUAUGGGCAGGCAAUGGCAAUUAUAAAUGGCUACUUGUAUGUAUUUGGAGGAACAACAGGUUAUAUUUACAGCACAGAUCUUCAUAGAUUAGACCUGACCACACGUGAGUGGAUUCAUCUUAAACCAAACAACCCCCCAGAUGACCUGCCUGAAGAAAGGUACAGACAUGAAAUUACACAUGAUGGACAAAAGAUAUACAUCCUUGGAGGGGGAACAUCGUGGACAUCUUAUCCUUUGGAUAAGAUACAUGCCUACAAUUUAGAAACCAAUUCAUGGGAAGAAAUAACAACUAAGCCACACGACAAAAUAGGAUUUCCUGCAGCAAGGAGAUGUCACAGCUGUGUACAGAUAGGAAGUGAUGUAUUUAUAUGUGGCGGCUAUAAUGGGGAAUUGAUACUAGGAGAUCUUUGGAAAAUGAAUUUACAAACAUUCCAAUGGACAAAACUACCAGCAGCCAUGCCGGAGCCUGCCUAUUUUCACUGUGCAGCUGUAACUCCAGCUGGCUGUAUGUAUGUCCAUGGCGGAGUGGUAAACAUUCAUGAAAACAGGAGGACUGGCUCCCUGUUUAAGAUCUGGCUGGUAGUACCCAGCUUGUUGGAACUGUGUUGGGAGAAACUUCUGAAGUCUUUUCCCCAGCUAGCACAACUCUCUACAACACAGCUCAUAAACCUUGGCCUCACACAGGAACUCAUAGAGAGAUUGAAAUAAAACAUUUUGGGAGUGUCUUCAGGAGUAAGCUAUACAUGUACAGCAAGGACAGACUAUGGGCACUAUAUUGGGGGGGGGGGGGGGGGGGAGCUAUUUAAAAAAAUUACUUUCCAAGCCUUACUACAUAAAAACAUUGGAGGCCUUUUUUCGUUUGCACUUUUUUUUUAAAUUAAAUUUUUUUUUAGGAAGUGGAAUGUACCUAGUUUGUUAAAUCAAUUGACAACCUCGCCUAUUUUUCUAGUAUGUUAAAGUCCAUGAAAACUGCUUGUGUUAACUUUGGUGCAUACCUACAGAAUGACCUCUGAAGACUGGUAGUCCUUUAGGUAGGUGUGUUGAACUAGUAUAGUUCAACCAUUCAUUUUCCUUCUGGUUUCUCUUCGCUGUUAAUUAAGGAGACCAAUGCAGAAGUAGUUUGCACUUGAUCUAUGCCUGCUUAACACCAAAUAUAUGAUUUGCUGAUGAAUUACCUGUGAACUGGUAGGAAACAUGAUUUUAUACGUGCUGCUUCCAGUCUUGCAGGUUACAAUGAAAUCUUCAAUUCAAGUCUAAAGAUGUUUUGGUUGGUUGUGCCAUUUAACUAGAAAAUUACACAAGCUUAAAUUUUUUCAUUGGGCAAAGAUUUGGAGAAUUCCAAAGCUUGCUUACUGUCGCAAGCAUUUUAUUUCCACAUCUUCCUAAAUUUUGUAAAAAUGUGAUUAAGCAAACUGCUGGUGUCUAGGGAGAAUGUUUUUAGAUUGAAUUAAGAAUAUGUGUAGAUUAAAAGGCAUGCAUGUUUGGCUGGUACUUUUCAGUAUACACAUUCAGUAGAGACAAAUUAUUGAUGAAUUUACAUUAUUUGCUCUAAAAAGGGAAACAAAUGACUGCAGUUAACUGUUACCUUCAAAUUUUUAAAAUUGUGCUUCUUUCCAUUGCACUUUAGCUAUAUGAAAGAAACGCUCCAAUCCAACACUGAUAUUCUAAUGUACUGGUGGUUCCUGUACUGCCCCCUUGUGGACAGCAUUUUAUUUUGUCUACCUCCGUUAUCGUAGCAACUCCCUUCUGUCUCCUGAUUACUAAAAUAUCCUGCAAAUAAAAUAUCACUGUGAACAAGGUGCUUCUAAUUUAAACAUGUAUUUUACUUUUUCCUUUAGCCAUAAUUAGAAAUAUGCUAAGGACAUUUAAUAGCAUUUUAUUUUCAUAUACUUUUUAAAUUCAGUUCAACAGUUCAAAGUUUUACUAAACAAUAAUUAUGGUUAUGGUAUAAUUUGAUAGUUAAGUUUUUAAUGUGUGUGGUUUUUUUUUUUUUUUUCCCCCACGCAAAUAUUGCCUUUUUUCAGUGCCUAUUCACACUAACUUUUUAAAAUGAAAAUAGUGGAGCAACUUUGUUUUUUUGUAUCUGUUCCUUUUAAUGUUUUUAAAUAAUUGAAUGGGUAGAUACCUACUAAAAACUAGCGUCCUUUUAAAAUAUGAAACUAGGUUUUAUAUUUCUAAUAUGUGCAUUGAAACAGCGGAGGAAGACAAAGUGAGCCAGAAUUGGCAAUUAUGUAUGAUUAGAUGAUGCUAUCUGAUUUAUAAAGCAAAACCCUGCACAAUUGUAUACAAACUAAGAUUGUUUUUAAAAUCUUUUUGGCAUUGAUUUAUCCAUAGGUGUUUCCAUUGAUUUUACGCUGCUACUGUAAAUUCAGGUGUACAGUAAUACCAUCUUUUAAGUUGAGAUAUAACAAUUUAACAAAAAUGUAAUGCAAAGAGUGAAAGAUUGGAUUGCAAGUAUCCAUGCAGCACACCUCCCCCCCCCCCCCCGUUAAUGUUAGAGGGGCUAUUUGUAUGAUAUUGUGCACCAUUUAUAUAUAUUUUUUUUUAAUCUACCACUGUAGGCAUAUAUGUCUUGCAUAUAUUUAAACACCAACAUUUAUUUUCAAUGCUGCAUGACGUGUAUAAUGUUUAUAUUCAACCAAAGAAUUGUUUUAAUUCUGAUCUCUCCUGGGGAGAUGGAUUCAAACAUAAGUUAAUGUUCCACACUAGAGAAGUGUACUGCACAUUGUAAAACUGCAGUAGGGACACAGCACAUAAGAGCUUUAAACAAUGUUCUGUCAAAACAAGAAAAAUAAUUGCAUAUGCCACCUAAAUACUUGGAACCUAGACUCUUCACACAUGUGCAUUUGUUAGAGGUAACCCUGCCAACCCCCACCCAUCACCACCAGCAAGAAACAGCAGUAAAAGUUGAGGUCUAAUUUGACAUGUAUGUUUAUAUUUAAGUACCCACAAGCAUGGUCUUCAGGAAGAGCUCUUCAGUGGCAAAUCUGAUGGAGGUUAUUUCCAGGAUUGAUAGUGGAAAGAGUUAAAGGGAACUUACCUCCACUUCACUUGUUAACUUCCAACCAGGGGGUGACCUUUAGACUAUACAGUAAUUGUCAUGUAUUGGUAGAUAAAGUGUUAAGUACUAAGUGUUUAAAAAUCAAAUAACGGAUUCAUAGCUUCCGAAUAUGCUGAAAUAUUUGUAAGAACAAACCUUUUAUUUUUUUUUAUUUUUUUUUUAAUUUUAUCUUUAAAUGUCAGUAGUCUCUAAACAACUGAUCAGUUUUAGUUGGGAGUAGGAGGGUUCUUUCUUUGAAUACGAUGAUUGGUCUGCUCUGCUUUGUGGUAGGACUGUACAUGCCAAACUGCUUACCUUAUUUUUGUUAUGCCAUACCUUUAAUUGCUGCAUGGGAACUAAAUUAUAACCUGGAGUCUCUUGUGCUUGAAUCCUUGUGGUGUACAGAAAGGUUCUAAGUCAAUUGCUAACUGUUUGUGUGUAAUUGUCCAGUGUUUUGGCUGUUUGUUUGUUUGUUUGUUUGUUUGACAAAUCAAUAAAAGAUAUAUUGUAAAUCAUU